GCUAAACAUGUCUGGAAGAGGCAAAGGAGGCAAAGGCCUGGGGAAAGGAGGCGCCAAGCGUCACCGCAAAGUUCUCCGUGAUAACAUCCAGGGCAUCACCAAGCCCGCAAUCCGUCGUCUUGCUCGUCGUGGCGGAGUGAAGCGUAUCUCUGGCCUGAUAUACGAGGAGACCAGAGGUGUGUUGAAAGUGUUUCUGGAGAAUGUCAUCCGUGACGCUGUCACUUACACCGAACACGCUAAGAGGAAGACGGUGACUGCAAUGGAUGUUGUUUAUGCUCUUAAGAGACAAGGGCGCACUCUGUACGGCUUUGGAGGUUAA